AUGCUGGUAGAUGAGGUGAGAAGUGCAAUUAUCACAAAAGUGAAACAUGCAAAAUAUGUUUUCAUCAUACUUGAUUGUACUCCAAAUGCGAGUAAUAAAGAACAAAUGUCUCUAGUAAUACGAUGCAUGGAUGAUUCGGUAGUCUCGUUGAUGGUACAAGAAUAUUGGAUUGAAUUUUUGAAGGUGGUUGAUACAUCAGGACUCGGACUUUUCGCUGAGCUUAAAAAUGUGUACAUGGAUGAUUCGGUGGAUGAUAUAUCGGGACUUGGACUUUUCAUUGAGCUUAAAAGUGUGUCAAAGAAUCUUGAACUUGAUAUUGAUAAUAUAAGAGACCAAGAAUAUGAAAAUGGAGCUAACAUGAACGGGAGACAUAAAGGUGUACAAAAAAGGUUACUUAAAAUAAAUCCUGGAGCUUUCUAUACUCCACGAGAUUAUAGAGAAUUUGGGUUUGCUAGUGCCAUGAAUGAAGCAAAACAAAUGGCAAGUGAAACGGGAAUUGAAGCUAUAUUUCAUGAUAGACGUAGCAUUCGAAUAAAGAAGCAAUUCAAUGAAAGUGGCAGUGCAAAGUAUUUAAAACAUAAUGGACAUUCACACAUUAUAGGUGAUGGCUUGUGUUUAGAGUUGAUUGUCUUGAGGUGCUAUUUAACUAGAGAAACAAAAAGAGCAAUUGACAUGCUGCAUUACUUGAAGAAAAUGAAUUGA